UUCAGAGGCGAUUCCAUGCACAGCGCCGGGGGAAACACAGAACAGUUCCGAAUCAACCAUUGUGACUGCCGGCCCUUUUUUUUAUCUGUCGUCUCACCGGUGAAGGUUAAAAGUGGCCUUGUCAUAGGUUGGCUGCAUAGACUGAUGAGUUGGCAGCCGUCUGCCGCCGACGCAUGCCUCGCACUCGAGUACUGGAAUCGGAAUGGAAACACUUCGCCCGGACCACUGACACCAUUGGUUCUUACAAGCAAUAACGGUAGUGACUUCAGGCAGCUGUCCAACGUAUCACAGCAUAAAAUGGAUGCCACGCAAAGAUCACACGCACAUAUCCCUCUUGGGACAUUGGAUUGCUGACAACUCGGUUUCUACAAUUCACCGAGGACCGAGAUGUAAGUACUGCCAUAAACAUGUAUUUUUUGUCUCAUCUUAAGGCUGUUUAGAAGUAGCUCGAGCUGUCAGCACCCCAGAAGGGAAAGGGCAUGUGCUCUGUGUGGUGGCGUGCUGUCUUCUGUAUCUACCCCAGAGCGCCCAAUCACAUAGACAGCUGUCUUGGCAUUUGCGUGUGAAUACGGAGCAACGCGAUAGGAUGGACAACUUUUUCGUAUGCAGCCCUUACCCACCACUAUGCGCGGAAACUGGC